GAAAGGGACAGAAUGGACAAAAAAGGGUACAUUUUGCAAGAACUUGCCUGUUAAUAUAGGAAGAUCAUCUUCCUCUUGGAGCCAUUGAUCUUAUAAUGGCAGAGGAAAACCCAGAAACCAAGCUUCCUCAGCAGCACAUCGAUCCUCAGUCACUGCUCUUCCCACCAAGAGGAUCACUGGAUCAUGUUUCUGGAUCGGGAACACCUCGAAAAACGACGUGGCCAGAGGUGGUAGGUCUGGUGGCAGAAGAAGCAGAGAGGAAGAUUAAGGAAGACAUGCCAAGAGCCCGGAUUCAGGUGGUCCCGCCGGGCUGCUUUGUCACCAUGGAUUUCAAUCAAGAACGGGUCCGCUUGCACGUCGACUCAUCGGGAAAAGUAGCCGGGCCUCCUAGAGUCGGCUGACAAGUUCUUACUCUGCAGUAUGAUCAAUCAUUUCUGUUUCGUGUAAUCAAAGUCUGUAAUGCCUGGAGAUAACUGGUUUAAGACUUGCAUGGAGAAAUAAAACGUUCUAUCUUGCAUGGUCAA